AUGCCAGGCCAAAAGAAAGACUCUAAGUCAAGUUAUAGAAAGAAUAUCAAGCGGAAACGUAUAGCGGAAGAACCUGCACCGGAGGCAAGUGAUGAGCAAAGCUCUGCGGUUUCGAGCAAGGCAAACAAGAAAGUGAGGUGGGACGGCGAAGUCGAGCAACCUACGGAGAGCGUGUUAGAAGACGAAGAUAGUGAGAACGUUGGCCAGGAAAAGUUUGGACGUGUUGCAUGCGCAUACUACGAUCCAGUGAAGUGCACACUUCACUAUUUUGAUGAUACACAUGAGAACUCGCAUUACGACCUGACAAAGGCUUUACUCGAACAGUGCUGCCCUGACAUCGUAAUCACCAGUUCCAAAGCAGAUGACAAUUUCAUUGAAGUCCUCAGGGAUCACAUGGAUGCAUCGGGUGGGACCUUUCAGGUCAGACCCCACAAGGACUUUUUCCCUACCAAGGGUCGCGAUCGCCUGUUCUCACUGCGUCUUCUGGCCGAGCUGCCGGGAGGUCCCCGUCAAGACCAAGGUUCCUCGGACUCUGACGACAGGAGCGGACCAAGAAACGCGUAUGACUUUAUGAUACGACGAAAGGAGGUAGUUGUGGAUCCUACAAUGCAGAGGUGGAACGCCUCCGUCAGGUUAGCCAAUUAUGCUAGUGUAGACAACGCCCCUCUAUGCCUCGGCUCUAUCGGGGCCCUUAUUGACUACUUGGCACGCAUUCGGGCUCUUGGUGAGCUGGACGAUGAAGGCGUCGGGAUCGAGAUCUGUGCAAUUCGAGCUCUUACUCUCUCUCAGUCGAUGCAGAUCAACCAAGAUGCUCUAUUCUCGCUGCAGAUCUUUGAAGAUGAGAACCACGCGUCCAUACACUCUGACAAGACGAAGGAGGGACUAUCGCUGUUCGGGAUUCUCAACAACACCAAGACAACUCUGGGUCGCGCUCUGAUGCGCGAGUGGCUUAUCCGACCUUCCCUAUCUCUCGACAUGAUCAAUGCUCGGCACGAUGCUGUCGCGUGCUUCCUGCGUCCAGACAAUCUGGUAACGGCUGGUAGUAUGCAUUCUCACUUGGCAGGGAUCAAGAACGUUCCACGGACACUUGGACUGAUGCGAGCAGGAAGAGCCACGGUCUCAGAUUGGCAAGCGUUGGUCAAGUUCACAUUCCACUCUCUCAUGCUUCGUGACGCACUUUCGGAACUCAGCCAUGCAAAUGUCGACAUUGUCAAGAGACUGGUAGAGGCGCUCGAGGUCGCAAGCUUCAAGGAAGUGGGCAGUGCUGUCAACGAAACGAUCGACUGGGAGGAAUCUACGAUCGCGGGUCGAGUCUGUGUCAGACCACAUAUCGACGAAGAGCUCGACAACCUCAAGCAUAUCUAUCACGGCAUCGACAACGUCCUCUCAAAGGUAGCGCAGCAGAUAUCCGCCACAGUACCCCCGGAUUACGCUUCGUCGUUGAAUGUUGUCUAUUUUCCGCAAUUAGGAUUCCUGAUCUGUGUGCCGAUGCUUGAAGAAUGGAAGGCGGACGAAGGCAUAAUUGUGCUUGAGGGCUGGACUUUCCAAGUCACUACUCAUUAUACAACUGAAAGAUCACACGUUUACUUCAAAUCACAAGAAAUGCACGAUAUGGACGUGCACAUAGGAGACCUGCAUCCAUCUAUUGUCGACCGAGAAAUUGAGAUCGUGCAAUCUCUUUUGGAGAAGAUCCUUGUGUAUGAUGAAGAGAUGACUCAUGCUUGUGACGUAUGUGCGGAGCUCGACUGCCUUCUUUCUUUUGCAGAAGCCUCGAGAGCGUGCAACUACGUCCGUCCACAAAUGACGGAGGAGAAUGUAUUGGAUAUCAAACAGGGCCGCCAUCCACUACAAGAAUUUGUGGUCGACACCUUUGUUCCCAAUGAUGCUUUUGUGGUAGGUGGCGCAGGUGUGGAUGCAGAUCCUCUAGAGUACAUCGACCAGGAUGGCUCGGAGGAUGUCCACGAAGAACGACACAGCAUCGUAGUCUGUACCGGAGCAAAUGCAUGUGGAAAGAGUGUCUAUCUCAAACAGGUUGCGCUGAUUCAGUACAUGGCUCAGACAGCAACUCUCGGCAUUGUUGACAAGAUCUUCACCCGCAUACAGACACGUGAAACGGUUUCAAAGGUGCAAUCGGCAUUCAUGAUCGAUCUCAAUCAAGUAUCUCUGGCCCUCAGAAAUGCAACGGAGAGGUCUCUCAUCUUGCUGGACGAAUUCGGCAAGGGAACAAUCUCUGCAGAUGGGGCCGGUCUCUUCUGCGGUGUCCUCAGACACCUCGUGCAGCGCGGAGCCGCAUGCCCCAAGGUCUUCGCGGCAACGCACUUCCACGACGUGUUCACCGACGACCUGCUCGCGCCCCACCUGCUGCCGGUCACCUUCGCGCACAUGCAAGUGAUGCUGACAACGCGCCACGGCCAGCUGCUCGCCGCAAGCGGAGCCGACGACGGCGCAGACAUCUCCGACGGGGACGGGGGCGGGGACGAGGGCGCGCAGGAUGCGGGCGAAGGCAGACGGGUCGCGCCCGGAGAGCGCAUCACGUACCUGUACCGCGUCGCGAGGGGCCUCUCGCUCGACUCGCACGCUGCGAUGUGCGCAGAGAUCUUCGGGAUCCCGCGGCGCAUCGCGAACAGGGCGCGAUACGUUAGCAAGCUGCUGUCCACGCACGAGCUCGGCCAGCUGUUGGACGAAGAAAUGGCCGAGGGCGAGCGCAAGGAUCUUGAAGGCGCCGAAGACGUGUGUCGCCGAUUCUUGGCUUGGGACUUGACCGGCGACGCCGGGGCGCGGGGGGACGUGCGGCAGGUGCUUGCGGAGGUUCUUGACCGUUGA